AUGAGUGCCCAGCCCACCUGCAGGUCUACCAUGUGCAAACGUCAAAGUCCAAAGUCCACAAACAGUCUCAAGAUGAAGGACCCAAUCAGCACCUGCUCGUACAACCAGCUGUACCAAGAUGUCAAGAGAUUUUCCAAAACCGGGGAGUAUUUCUGCAAAGAGCUCAUGGCAGUUUAUCAUCAGAGAUCUGAACUUGAGCUAAACUAUGCAAAAGGCCUUCAGAAGCUAGCAGGGAAGCUAAUACGGGCGUCCAAAGAAAUGACCAACAACUCCACCUACACCGCCUGGUGCCAUGUGUCUGAUGAGAUGUAUUCAAGAGCCGACGCCCACAGGUCGUUGGGCAUCGCCUUUCAGCAGGAGGCCACAGAGGAGCUCCGGCAGGUCCUGGACGAGCACAACAAGAGGAAGAGGCCUCUCGACACAGCCAUCGAAAGAAGCGGGAAAGCAGUCACCGCAAACUGGACGGACCAACUCAAGCUCAAAAAGAAACUGAUGGGACUGACCCGAGAACACGAGGCUUUGUUCAAUUUUGUGGAGAGCAACAAACAGAUGUCCACAGAGAAGGAAAAGCAAAAGAUGCUGAUGCGGCUAACCAAGUCGGCCGAGCUGCAGGCGCGGGUGGACGAGGAGUAUUUCCAGAUGAACAUGGAGGGCCACGAAUCCAGACUGAAGUGGGAGAACACGCUCCGGACGUGCUACCAGAGCAGCCGUCCUCCUGUGGACACACCUCCUGCUCUGACUGCUGACUUCCACCCCAACCCAGAAAUGGAUUAUGGGGAAGAAGAUGGGUGGAUGGAUGGAGAAACAAUGAUCCUGCAGGAGAUGGAGCGGCAGCGAGUGGAGGUUCUGGGAGAGGCCCUGAGCCGGUACAGCCUCCACAUGUCCAGCUGCGGGGAGGCCCUCAAACACGGCCAGAGGCAGAUCGAGCAGACAUUGCAGAGAGUGGAUGUGGAGCGCGACAUAGAGACGCUGCUCUCAGACCACCGGCUCCCUCCAGACGACAACCAGGCAGAGUUCCUCAUGCUCCACUACUUUGAAGAGGACAGCAAGUCACUGAUGGGGAGAGAGCGGAGGAGAGAGGCGCUCAGAGGCAAACUACAGCGUCUGCAGGACACAGUCGCCAAGACCAAGAAAGACAUCGAAGGGAUACGACGGCUGAUGAAGACGUACUCUGAAAACCCGUCUUUUUCCAACGAGCGAAACAUCGAGGAGACGGAGCAGCAGCUGGACGAGGCGCUGCUGAAGCUGGACCUGCUGGAGGCCACUCACGCCAAAGUUUCCGUGUCGCUGUGUGAGGCGGAGGGGAGGCCAAAGUCACGACAUCGCUUCAGUGACAGCAUCUCCACCUGGAAAGAUAAGGACAGUGAACACAGCGUGGUGCACUUGAGGCGCCCGGUGAAGCUGCGCAGGUCUUCGUACCGAUCCCGCCGCUCCCUGAGGGCCUCCAUCAUCUACAAGGGGCCCCAAGCCGCGGUGGAGCCGGCCUCUUCCGUCACACCGACCCAGGAGACGGGAGCUGCACAGGGGGACCAGGCUCCAGCGGGGCGUCGGCACAACCAUGGUGAGCCUCUGCUUCAGUCCUGCAGCGUGGGACAGUGCACCGCUGUGUACGACUUCAGCCCAAAGCAGGACGACGAGCUGAGCUUCAGAGAGGGCGACGUUCUGAGCAUAUUGUCCAAAGACGACAGCGGCUGGUGGUUUGGGGAACUGCGAGGCCACCGAGGACACUUCCCCGCGACGUAUGUGGUCGAACUGUCUCCGGAGAAGAGUCUGGGCCCGAAUGACGAGACAGAAACUUCGGCAGAUUCAUCAAAAAAACACAUUUAA